AUGCGCUUUUUCAAGGCUGUAGUGGUCUUAUCUGCCGUUGUUGUCACUGCAUCAGCUGCUCCUCUUUUCCCAAGCAACAACUUCAAGCUUGAAAAACGAGACGAUGAUCUACCUGCAAGGAUACCGUACAUCUUUCCAGCGCCAGGAACCGAUCCCCUCGCCGAUGCAAUCCGUGAAAGGCAUGGAACGCUGCUAGAUUUGGAUGGCCUUCUGCUCAAUGCCCCAAAACUUGCCUCUGGGUGGAACGAUUUAUUUGGGGCUAUUCGUGAUGGAAAUAGUCUGCCUGGAACGAUGCGGGAGCUCUUCAUCCUACGUACUGCUGUGCUCAAUUCGGCUGCAUAUCAAUGGCUUCAGCAUGAAUCAGUUGGGCGGGAGGAGGGGCUGACUACUGAGCAACUCCGGGUAAUCCGAUUCACGCCUCCUUUCGUUCAAACAAAGCACACGGAGAGUAUAUUGGGGCCACAGCUAUCAGCAGCCAUGUCGUAUGCGGAUUGGAUCACCAAAAGCGUUCAAGUACCUGAUAGGGUGUUCAAGGGGUUGAAGCAGUUUUUGAACGACCAGCAGAUCGUGGAGGCGACGAUGACUGCUGGGAGCUAUAAUUUAGUUAGUAGAUUCGUCGUUGCGCUGGAUGCGGACGCGAAGAUGGGUGCCCCUGUGCCCUUUGUGUAG